UCGAAAAAUAAACCACAAAUUUUUAAAUUUAUUUUAUAGACCGGCGGCAUUUUAUGAUGAAAGUAAUAACAGUAGCGGAAAUAGAGCAAAAAUGCUGGUGCUUCGUAUUAUUUCAUUGUUUACUAUAUCAAGCAGCUGUGCCAUGAGAAAGCUCCCAAUUUUUCACGACAUACAAUUAAAUAAAAUGUUAAUUAAUAAUUCGAGUUUUACCAAUAAAAAGCCUAUGAAUGAUAUCGAUAAUUACAACAGUACGUUAACAGCUCAUGAGACAAAGAUUCUUUAUAAAACAUUUAUUCCAUUCCUAUUAAAUACAUCUACAUGGUUAUUACAAAAUGCUCAAAAUAAUAUCAUCAAAAAUUAUGAUUUAAGCACUAGGGAGAUAAAAGAUAUAGAACUAGCGUUCGCUGCAAACAAAUAUCAAUAUCAAAUAAUUUUGAAGAAUAAUCUACAAAGUAUGAUGAAAAACAUUAAAUAUAAUUCGCCUGAAGUAUUUUUAUUGGAUUUUACGGAUUUUUCGAAUUAUUUGAUACAAACGAUAAUCCAGAACAAUCUACAUAAUGUCAAAGGAAAGUUGCUUAUUUCGAGUAAGUGGAAUAAACAUCUGCUUAAAUACACUAUCGUAAGACAACAAGCAAAAAUUGUUAUGAAUAUUAUGGAGGUCAGCAUUUGCCACAAAUUUUCUAUAUGUGUACCAAAAUCAGAAUACAGUGAAUACAUGGUAGAGUGGUUGAGACAUCUAAUGAACGUGGGAGAUGUUAAAUUGAAGGAAUUUAUAAAUAUGAUACCUCAAAUGCUGGAUAAGCAUAUGCACACAAUAAAAACAAAUGUGAAAUUCCAUCAAAAGAGCAAAGAUCUAGGUAAAGCAGAUUUUGCCUACCAAAGAAGUUUUAUCGACUUUAUUGAUGAAGUAAUAACAGAACAGGAUAUUAUGAAAGUCGUGCCUCAUCAACUAAAGAAAUAUGUUAUUUUAUUGAAAAAGUUAUUCAUAUUAAUCGAGCAAAAUUACGAUUUGAACACUGAGAAUGUAAAGGAAAUGGAUGAUUUAAAUAAAAAGUUUUGGUUAUGGACAGAGAGCGAAAAUAUUGAAAUAGUGGAGGUAUUGGAGAAAAUUUUGGAAAAUAUGUUGCGUAAUGUGCAAAUUUGGCCAAAAGAUGCCCAAUCUAAACUUGAAAACAUUUGGCUUAAAAUUGUAAUUUUAUAAGUCAUUUAUGGUAUUUGUAGUAAACGUUUUAAAGG